AUGGGCCAAUUUGACGCAUCCCUUGGCGCGAUUCUGAUCGGAACAUGGGUCGACUGCAUGCUGUACAUGUGGGAGAUCACGCAGAUGUACACGUGCUUCAAUGCUUUCCCGAACGACCACCCCUUCCUACGAGCGACGCUCUGGCUGCUGCUCCUCGUGGACACCGUGGGCGCGGCCGCGGGGUGCGGCACGGCAUACCUUUAUACAAUAACUUACUGGGGAAACCCGGAGGCGAUCUCGAGGCAGUACUGGACAUUCCCGAUGUACUGCACAGCGACUGCCUGCUCCGCGUUCAUUGUCCAACUCUUCCUCCUGCUCCGUUUCUGGAACCUCUCACGCAACCACGUUCUCACCUGCGUCUUGUUCGCCAUGAGCCUAACCGCUCUGAUUGGAGGCAUCUACACCUCUGUGAUUCUGGGAAUAGCGCCCCUCCUCAGUCAACGUGGACGGGUCGUUACUCCAGUGACCAUAUGGUUUGUCUCGUCUACGGCGUGUGACGUCUCCAUCACCCUCAACCUCGUUUGGCAAUUCCGAAGAGUCCGCACGUCGUUCAAGACAACGCAAACCAUGCUCUCCCGGCUCACGAGUAUGGCGAUCCGCACCGGCUGCGUCACGAGCUUCUUCGCGCUCCUCAUCCUCUCCUUCUUCCUCCAGAAUCCACAGGGCAGUAUCGCCGUCGGUCUCAACUCGUGCUUCGGUCGUAUCUACGCGCUCACUAUGCUGUACAACCUCAAUACGCGCGCCUCGAUCCGACAGGCGGGAAGCAGCGGGGGCGACGGUAUUAGCGCCGGUGCAGGUCAGAACGUCACCAGCGGUAACGCGGCGAUCGAUCUCGGCCAGAUCCGCGUGGACACGCAGGUUGUUUCGGACUGUGGUCGUUCGCGGAGGUCGGAGAGCACCUACGACGAGCCCAUGAAGUCCGUGUAG